AUGUUUGUAUUUGCCCACUCUUCUUCUUCUUCUUCGCUCUCUAUCUCUCUCUCUAUAGUCAACCAUUUUCUUCUCUCUCCAAUUAAACUCCGUGAGGAACGCUCUCUAUCUACACGUCUAAAGCUUCAAGCUUUUUCCUUCUCCGAUGCCAAUUCUGUUCGGAUCCGAACCCAGAGAAUAGAGAACAGAAAGAUCUCAAACGUGUUUAGCAAAGUACAAGGAGGUGGCUUUUGUGUUGCGCUUACUUCUUUCUUCUUAAGGUUUGCUAGAUUAAACUCUAUAGAGCGUUGGUAG